CCGAGGGCUGAGCGGGAAAGGAGGGAAGUGAGGUGGCCGCGCCGUGCAGCGUGGGAGUUGUAGUUCGCGGGGCUGUGCCCCUCACGCCGACGGAAGCGGCGGGAAGGCGGGCGGAAGCGGGCUGCGCGAGGGACUGCGGGUUAGCGGGAGCCUCCGGGUGCCUGGGCUGGCACAGCAGAUUCGCGGGGCCUGGGAAUGAUCUUCCCUGUCGUCCGCCGCGCGCUCCGCUGGCUGCCGCGGCCUGGGAGCCGGGCGCUGACCCUCGCCGACAUGGAAGUGGCCCUGCGAGGCGUGCGGAAGAUCCUCUGCGUGGCCGAGAAGAACGACGCGGCCAAGGGCAUCGCGGACCUGUUGUCCGGCGGCCGCAUGCGGCGGAGAGAAGGACUUUCCAGAUUCAACAAGAUCUAUGAAUUUGAUUAUCGUCUGCGUGGCCAGAAUGUCACCAUGAUAAUGACUUCAGUCUCGGGACACUUGCUGGCUCAUGAUUUCCAGAUGCAGUUUCGCAAGUGGCAGAGCUGCAAUCCUCUUGUCCUCUUUGAAGCAGAAAUUGAAAAGUACUGCCCAGAGAAUUUUUUAGACAUCAAGAAAACUCUGGAGCGAGAGGCUCGGCAGUGCCAGGUGCUGGUGAUCUGGACCGACUGUGACAGAGAAGGUGAAAACAUCGGGUUUGAGAUCAUCCACGUGUGCAAGGCUGUGAAGCCCAGCCUGCAGGUGCUGCGAGCCCGUUUCUCCGAGAUCACCGCCCGCGCUGUCCAGGCGGCCUGUGAAAACCUGAUGGAGCCCGACCGCAGAGUGAGCGACGCCGUGGACGUGAGGCAGGAGCUGGACCUGCGGAUCGGGGCUGCCUUCACCAGGUUCCAGACCCUGCGGCUGCAGAAGAUCUUUCCUGAGGUGUUGGCGGAGCAGCUGAUCAGUUAUGGCAGCUGCCAGUUCCCCACCCUGGGGUUCGUGGUGGAGAGGUUCAAAGCCAUUCAGGCGUUUGUGCCAGAAACCUUCCACAAAAUCAGAGGACCCACCUCAAGUGUCCGAGGUGGUUUCCUCUGUCUCACGGCUCUUGGCUUCCACCGUGAUGGGCCUUUUCCCCUCCGGGCCACGGCCUUCCUGUGUGCCCCCACAGUGACCCACGACCACAGGGAUGGCGCAGUGGAGUUCAGCUGGAAAAGGCAUCGGCUUUUCAACCACACGGCUUGUCUUGUCCUCUAUCAGCUGUGCAUGGAGGAUCCCAGGGCGACCGUGGUGGAGGUCAGGUCCAAGGCAAAAAGCAAGUGGAGGCCUCAAGCUUUGGACACUGUGGAGCUUGAGAAGUUGGCUUCUCGAAAGUUGAGGAUAAAUGCUAAAGAAACCAUGAGGAUUGCUGAAAAGCUCUACACUCAAGGGUACAUCAGCUAUCCCCGAACUGAAACAAACAUUUUCCCCAAAGACUUAGACCUGACCGCACUGGUGGAGGAACAGACCCACGAUCCACGCUGGGGGCCCUUCGCCCAGAGCAUUCUAGAGCGGGGCGGCCCCACUCCACGCAACGGGAACAAGUCUGACCAAGCUCACCCUCCCAUCCACCCCACCAAGUACACGGACAGCCUGCAGGGGGACGAGCAGCGACUGUACGAGCUCAUCGUCCGCCACUUCCUGGCCUGCUGCUCCCAGGAUGCCCAGGGCCAGGAGACCACCGUGGAGAUUGACAUCGCGCAGGAGCGCUUCGUGGCCCACGGCCUCGUAAUCCUGGCCCGAAACUAUCUGGACGUGUACCCCUACGAUCGCUGGAGUGAAAAGACCCUCCCUGUCUACAGUCGAGGCUCCUGCUUUCAGCCCAGCACCGUGGAGAUGGUGGACGGGGAGACCAGUCCACCCCAGCUGCUCACUGAGGCCGACCUUAUUGCCCUCAUGGAGAAGCACGGCAUCGGUACCGACGCGACGCACGCGGAGCACAUCGAGACCAUCAAGGCCCGGAUGUACGUUGGGCUCACGCCAGACAAGCGCUUUCUCCCCGGGCACCUGGGCAUGGGGCUUGUGGAAGGCUAUGACUCCAUGGGCUACGAGAUGUCCAAGCCUGACCUGCGGGCCGAGCUGGAGGCUGACCUGAAGCUCAUCUGCGAGGGGAAGAAGGACAAGCUCGUGGUCCUGCAGCAGCAGGUGCAGAAGUACAAGCAGGUCUUCAUCGAAGCCAUGGCCAAAGCCCAGAGGUUGGACGAGGCCUUGUCCCAGUACUUUGGGGCAGGGGUGGAGCUGGCCCAGCAAGAAGCCAUCUUCCCAGCUGUGCCAGAGCCCGUCAGGAAGUGCCCACAGUGCGGCAAGGACAUGGUCCUCAAGACCAGGAAGAGCGGCGGGUUCUACCUCAGCUGCACGGGGUUCCCGGAAUGUCGCUCGGCCGUGUGGUUCCCAGACAGUGUGCUGGAGGCCAGCAGGGACGGGAGCGUGUGUCCAGUGUGUCAGCCACACCCCGUUUACAGGUUGAAGUUCAAGUUUAAGCGAGGCAGCCUUCCCCCAGCCAUGCCACUGGAAUUUGUCGGCUGCGUUGGUGGAUGUGACGAGACCCUGAGGGAGAUCUUGGACCUCAGGUUUUCACGGGGGCCCGCCCGAGCUGGCCAGCCGGUCAGCCAGCCCUCCGGCCACCUGCAGGCCAGCCAGCCCCUGGACAGAAUGGGCAGCAGCCAGCAUGGCCGCCCCCAGCCGGCUCUGGCCAGGACUGCGCCCCUGCCCGCCGCCGAGGGCGAAGGCAACUCCGUGACCUGCAACUGUGGCCGGGAGGCCCUGCUGCUCACCGUCCGGAAGGAGGGGCCCAACCAGGGCCGCCAGUUCUACAAGUGCAGCGGCGGCGGCUGCAGCUUCUUCCUCUGGGCCGACAGUGGCCACCCAGAAGCAGGGGGGCCUCCCUCCGAGGCGCCCAGACCCCCGGGCGGCUCACUGGGACGCCCGCUGGGCUCAGGGAAGCCCCUGGGCGGGCCCGGAAGCCCCGGUGAUGGUGGCGGUGGGGCGUGCUGCCUGUGCAGCCAGCCCGCUGUCACGCGCACUGUGCAGAAGGACGGGCCCAACAAGGGGCGCCAGUUCCACACGUGCGCCAAGCCCCGGGAGCAGCAGUGCGGCUUCUUCCAGUGGGUGGACGAGAACGUGGCCCCAGGGACCUUUGGAGGCCCCCCCUGGGCAGGAGCCAGAGGAGGAAGCCAGGGGCCGGAGGCCAGAAGCAAAAGGGCCCGGGCUGGUUCCUCGGACGCCGGGUCCGCGGCCAAGAAACCCCGGAAGUGCAGCCUUUGCCACCAGCCUGGACACACCCGUCCCUUCUGUCCUCAGAACAGAUGAGAGCAGGGUAGGGCCAAGGGGGCCACUGCCUCCACCUGCUGCUUUUGUCUCGGGAAACGAGCUGUUUCUGCAGGGCGGCUUUGAGGAAAGUGGCUGCUCUUGGAGUGUGACCUGUGUUCUAAGGAGUCCGGGUCCAGACCGCUCUCUCAAGAAGGCCACGCCUGGUGGACAGUGGCCCUGUGUCUGGGGCUCAGGAACGGCCAUGGCCACAGCUGAGAAGCCAUGGAGGCUGCCCCCUGCGAUCCACAGGGGCUGUGCUGUCGGCACCCUAGCGGGAAUCAGCCCGGCCCUUGAGGGGCCUCCCUCCACAGACGUCCUGAGAAAGGGUAGGAUGGCAGGGAUCCCCUGUUCAGAAGUUGUGUCUACAGAAGGGUUAUCCCUCUUUAUCUCAAAGCUGCUGUGGCCAGGACGCCCCACAGCUCAUGUGCCUCAAUAAAGGAUUCUACCCCUUGACCCUGGCGGGUGAUGGUGUAGCGUCUGGUGAGAGUUGGCAGGAGUGACAGGUACUUGCAGGACCCCGGGCAGUGCCUGGGUCCUCUUGCCAUCCUCUGGCCCCAGUGGCCUCCCCCGGCCGCACCGCUGUCCUCUGGGGCAGAGAAGAGCCGCCGGUGCAAGAUUCCGACGCUUCCCAUCUCCACACCCUGCAGAGGUCUCUGUGCGUCUCACCCGCCUCCUGAGAGCCUUGGGAGCCGAGCAGAAGCAGGUCGGCUUCGUUCCGUGGUUUAGACAGCAAGCUGGAGGACAGGCUGCCAGAGUCAUCCUGCUAGUGAAGAAAUGAACUGUUCUCAGGUCUUGGGACUCCCAGCCCCAAACCCUUCACUCAGACCAGUCCUUGUGCCCUGGCUGGGGGGCGGGAUGCCCGCAGUUGCCCCUGGAGCAUCAGGACAGUGGGUGUGGGUCGGCCCCGCAGCCCAGUCUACUUUGUGGUUGUACGUGUGCCGGACAUUUCAUAUAGACGGAACCAUGCGGCA